CUUGCGCGAUAGGGUGGCCGCUCCCGACCGCGUGCGGCGCGAACAACGGCGCAGGCGCUGAGGCUCGGGGCCGUUGGCAUAGUACUGAGCAUGCGUAUCAACUACAAGGGUGGGCGCUGGGGUUGAGGCUGUCGACUAACACCGCAGAUUGGAGCCGCCUGGGGUCUGCUGGAGAGAACUUAGGAAACCAGUAGCCUGGGGUUGGGAUCCUGUGAUGCUACAUUUCUCUCACAGGAGCCAGACCUGUGGGUGUUCAGAUGGAGCCGUCCGCUAGUCAUCCUCCAAGCAGAAAAGGUGCGUCCAAAGAGGAAGGCAAUGCUGUCCCUCUUUGUCGAGCCAAACCCUCCCCCAGCUACAUCAAUCUUCAAGCAAGUUCCCCACCAUCUGCUUUCCUCAACAUUGAGACCACAAAACUAUCCUCAGGAGUUGACCAGCAGCCCAAGGAGUGCCUGGGACUCCUAGAGAGUAUGUAUGCCAAUCUCCAGCUUCAGACCCAGCUCGCUCAGCGACAGAUGGCUAUUUUAGAAGACUUACAAGCAUCCAUGACACAACUCUCUCCCAGGAGGGAAAGCAAGGAUUCCUCCCUCCCAGCCUUAUAUGGUAAUCUGCUGUGAGAUCACCUGCCCCAAUUCAGUAAACGAAUUGUGGAACAAAGUUACCAAGGUGGAGCCAGUGCUUGCAACAACAGUGUUCUGUACAGGAACUGGUUCACGUCUGGGCUGCUCCACAGCUAA